GCCAUCGUUGCGGAUCUAAGUAAGCCGAUAGCGAUCUUGCUACAAUUCGAUGGAUUAGGUAAAAUCUAGUUCUUAGUAUUGGAGUCUCAUUUAUUGUUAGAAAGACUGAGACAGCUGCGUUCGAUCAGAAAUGCUUGGAAGUAAUAACACGAGUACGGCGCUGAGAAAUUCUACCGAAGCAACGAUUUCAACUCAAGAUGUAGUUUUCGCCUCCUUGUACUCAUUGAUAGUUCUCUUUGGAGUGAUAGGAAACUCAAUCGUGAUCACUAUAAUACGCAAAACCAAAUUAAGUCACACAACAACAAACUAUCUGCUAAUGAACUUAGCUUUGGCAGACUUGUUAACGUUGUUGUUUUGCCCCGGAUUGUACGACUAUGCGCUUCAGAACGUUCAUUUACAUGGAUUCUCGGGAGAUUUGAUCUGCAAGCUGUUUGCGGGAAAUGCUAUCGUUCCAAUCACCAUCAACGCAGCCGUUCUUACGGUCUGCACGAUUGCUGUGGAAAGGUAUCUGGCGCUUCUCAAACCUUUCCACUCUAAUUUGAGAAUCAACGAGGAUCGGGUUAAAUAUUUCAUAUCUGGACUGUGGUUGCUAAGCUUGUUGUCGUGCAUUCCAGAUAUUCAAGCCAAUACGUACAACUCCACUUCGUCUUAUUCAAAAUAUCCUUGCAAACGCCCUUGGAGUUUAGAUGAAUACGCUUUUCACAAACCCUUUAUCAUCUUUACGUGUGUUGGAUAUGGUGCAGUGAGUUUUAUCGUCCUACUUUUCUGCUACUUUGAAAUCAUCCGUGGCUUAUACUUCACGAAAACAAUUUGCUCCGAGUCGUCUGCAACGGGAAGCCGUGAAAAACUAGAAAAGAAACGACUGGCUAAACUUCUCAUUUGGCUCACCAUCAUUUUCGCCCUCUGUUCGUUGCCAUUUGCGGUAUUUUUCAUAUUUUUAAUCUCCUCUAAACAAGCAUUCGUCCAGGAUAAUUACAAUACACUCCAUCUACUUCACAGACUAUGUCGCCUCUGUCUUUUUUCGAACUCCUUUUUCAAUCCAUUACUUUAUGCUUUGCAAAGCACCAACUUUAGGGACGGUUUCAAGAAAAUCUUCGAGAGCUGCAUGCUCUUUAGAGCCUUUAAAGACUUCAGAAGAACAUCUUAUCAGUCAUAUUGUGUGGAACUAGAUGGACCUGCUAAACUGUAAGGUUAGAGGAACAGUUUUGUUCCACUGACUAGGUAAAACUGUCGCCGCAUUCGAAGCAAUCACCAUAUUCAUCUAACCCAUUUAGAGGGACUAUA